AAUGGAGAAGAGAUUUUAUAAGACAUGUUCAAAACAUGCUUAUUAUUAGUACAUCAAUAGAUUUGAUCCAAAAUUAUUAGCUACCUAUUAGACAGGAUAUUAUCAUGGAAUUGGUAGAUAGUAAGAUAUUGAAUAAUAAUUAUGAAAGAGGUUUAUUCAAGACAUUGGUAUUAAGAUAAGCAGGAGAUAGUAUUGGAAUGGAAGAAGAUCACAGUUAUACUUAUAAGAUGCAUGUGAUGGCCAUGAAUUUAAUGUAUAGAAGUGGAUGGGUAUUGUUUGCUUACAUAUUAAUUUGGAAUACUUUUUUAUUAGGAGAUCCUUGCUAAGUAUCAAUCAAUAAAUUUAUAGAUAGGUGUUUAAUACUUCUUAUUGGGAUUUAGCAUGCAAACCUUCAGGUGAUAUGGAUUACAACACUAGAUAUGAAAUGUUGUAUGUACAAGACAGAGUAUUAAGAUUCUGAU